AUGACUGCAUUCACUUUUGCACACGCUGUUUACGAUUGUAUCACAGCGAUCUAUGGUUUUCGUCAAGACUGGGCAAGAGAACAACCAUUAUGUGCAUUUACAGGUUAUGUUCUUGUAAUUUCAGCUGCGGGAACUCAUCAUGCGCACCUGGUUGAGGCAUUAAGUCGUCUAUUUUUCACUGUAUUUUUCAAACGCAAAUUUUUGCAAACCUAUCGAGUGCAUUGGUGUUUGAUAAUUGGUAACUGGCUUUUUACUACUCUUGCUCCUAUUCUACCUUUUUUCUACGAAUAUGGUUAUUCAUAUGAAGAAGAAUCACGUCUUUGUUAUCCGACAACAAAACAAUUCACCACUUCAAUGUACCUUAUAGUAGUAGGAUAUGUUACACCCCUUAGUUUAACACUUGUAAUUUAUUUCAUUAUUUGGCACACUGCUAGAAUGUCCUUAAGGCGUACGAUGAAUAGGGACGAAAAUAAUGGAACAAGACUAAUGCCUCAUGCAAAACGUGAAAUGAAACUUGCUCGAAACUUGCUCAUAGCACAAGGUCUCUUUAGUUAUGGCGGGACACCAUAUUUAAUUCUGGUCAUUUGGCAGAAGGUGGCACCGCAGGCUCCUCCACCCGAGUCAUUAUAUUUGAUAGCAGCAGAUUUUAUAUCAUUAAGCAUUACUCUGCUGAUUAUUGUACAUCUUGUCAUGAAUAAAGAGAUGAAAGACGCUCUAAUUAAUUACUUAAAGAAAUAUCAACAGCGUAUUUAUCCAAAAAUUGGUACUAUACCUACUUAG